GCUGUUGCACAAGCUGUCACACAAGUGGCUGAACUACUUCAGGAGCUGUGCCCCCCUCACCGUGGGAUUCCCUCUCUGGAAUGACAGAUCAUGGCUUCUUCUAGGCUGUCACUUUCACAUCUAAAGCAGGAGGCAGAGAUUGAGCGCUGCAGAGCAGAGUGCCAAUGGGAUAGGAUUCUGGGUCUGGUCAAGCAGAUGUCUCCCAAAUCCAAGGACAGCUCUGAUGACUUUGCAAAUUUACUGCAUGCUGAAGCUCUGCUGGAACUGUGUCUAAAAGAAAAUGCUGCCAAACUUAAAGGCUCCACUCCAUUAAUGGAAAAGAAAGAGCCAAAAUUAAAUCAAGCCAAGAAGUAUCUAACUGAUAUUCUAAACAGAGGCAAACUACCACCAAACUAUAUGAGAGAAGCUAUGCUCAUAUUAGGAAAAUUACACUAUAUUGAAGGAUCGUACAGGGAUGCCAUCAGUAUGUAUGCUCGCACUGGAAUUGAUGAUCUGUCAUUGGACGAUAGGCCUUUGUAUGAGAUGCGCCUUAUGACUGAAGCUUUUCUUAUCAAAGGUUUGUCCUUGGAACAUUCAUCUGCAUCAUUUUCCUCCCGUGUGCGUUUAUCAGAAAGGGAAGAAGAAGCUGUAUCUUGCUUUGAGAAAGCUAGUUUGAUUGCACAAGUCUACUUGCAAGAAUUGGAGAAGAGCUCAUAUAGCGGGCAUUCCAGGAAUUCAAAAGGCAGCACUUCCAACCAUGACUUUGAGCUCAGCUAUUUUCUUGAAGCUGCCCUUCAAAGUGCGUAUGUGGCACAUUUCAAAAGGGGAAAUGUUUUCAAAGGAAUUAAAGAGCUCAGAGAUGUUUUGAGAGUGGUGGAGACAAAAGCUACACAGACCUUCAAAAUGGCAGCAACAAAACAGCUCGCCGAAGUUCUGCUACAUUCCUUAAGUGAGAAUUGCUACUGGAGUCCUUUGGAAAGGCCUUUGCCAGAGCUUAUGAACAAAGAGGAAAAAUCAUUCCCUAUUACCAGUCUGCGCCAAAAACCACACAUUCAUACAGGAGAAAAUAUUUAUUGCCCGCAGGACAACAUUGAAGAGGCACUUCUGCUACUUUUGAUCAGUGAAUCAAUGGCAAACCAGGAUGCAGUUAUCAGCCGUGCACCGGACCAAAAAGAAGACCGCGCAGUAAGCCUUAAGAAUGCCUCUGCGGUAUAUGAUCUUCUGAGCAUCACGAUGGGCAGAAGAGGGCAGUAUGCCAUGCUCUCUGAGUGUUUGGAAAGAGCAAUGAAGUUUGCAUUUGGGGAAUUUCAUUUGUGGUACCAGCUGGCAUUAUCCAUGAUGUCAUGUGGGAAGUUUGCUUAUGCAGUUUCGGUGCUCAAAGAGUGCACUAAGCUACGUCCUACGGAUCCAACAAUCCUUCUCCUUGCUGCCAAGGUCUGCAUUGGAUCACUACACUGGUUGCAAGAAGCAGAGCAGUUUGCAAAGAUUGUGGUUGAUAUGGGAGAUGAUGCAGGAGAGUUUCUUGCUAAAGGGUUUUUGGCCCUUGGACUGGUUUACAGCCUUCAAGCUACUGAUGCUACACAGAAAAGCACUCAAGAUGAUUUAAAUAAGAAGUCACUUCAAAUUUUACAAAGAGCUCAUGAACUAAAUCCCGAUGACCCCCAAAUUAGUUUCUAUGUGGCAUUACAGCUGGGCCUGGUAAGACAGGUAUCAGAUGCAAUUGAUCACCUUCAAGAAACAAUAAAACAUUACAAAGAUGAUAUACACUCCCUUCACUUGUUGGCACUUUUAUUCUCAGCACAAAAACAAUAUCAGCACGCUUUGGGUGUUAUUCAGAUGGCUCUAACCGAGUAUCCUGAAAAUUUUAGUAUAAUGUUUACCAAAGUUAAACUGGAACUGGUACAUAAAGGACCGGAAGACGCAAUAGUGACAUGUAGACAUAUGUUAUUCAUUUGGCAGAAGCUGUUUAAUUUUUCACAACUGAGUGAAAGUGAAAAAGAGAAUAGUUUAGCUGAUGUUCCCCUCUCAAGGAAACACAGUGGAAUGCACCUUGUACUUCCAGAUGCUUAUGACCCUGAAAAUGGUUCCCAGAGAGCUUCUUCAAUUGCAGCUUCACGUUUAGAGCAAGCCAUGUCAGAGAUAACCAUGCAUAGUAGUGUGCAGAAGCAGGGUCCGUUGCACCAAUGGAUAACUCUUGAACAGAUAUGGCUCCAAGCAGCUGAAGUUUUUAUGGAGCAGCAGCAUCUAAAAGAUGCCGGCUUCUGUAUCCAAGAGGCAUCCAGCCUUUUUCCUACAUCACACACUGUGCUGUACUUGCGUGGGAGGCUCGCUGAGAUGAAAGGCUGUUUGGAGGAGGCUAAGCAAUUGUAUGAUGAAGCGCUAACAGUAAAUCCAGAUGGAGUGAAAAUUAUGCACAGCCUGGGACUUAUUUUGAUGAAGCUGGGGCGGCAGGAUUUAGCAGAGAAAUACCUGCGAGAUGCAGUACGGAUUCAAUGCUCGUCUCAUGAAGCUUGGAAUGCGCUGGGGGAGGUAUUACAAGCUCAAGGAAAGCAUGAAGCUGCUGUUGAAUGUUUCAUAACUGCCUUGGACUUAGAAUCAAGCAGCCCUAUUGUCCCAUUCACCAUCAUACCAAGAGAACUUUAGAGCUCAUAAAAAUUCUAGUAGACCCCUCGUACUGAGACCAAAGCAAUUGCCCUUCUACCAACUGCCUUUUAUGCAUUUAACUUUUUAUUCUGGUCGUAAACUCCACUUAGAAACACUCCAGUGCUUUUUCCAGACAAUACUGUGACUUUUUUAGUCAGGGACUCUUAUACAAUUAUAUUUAUGAUUUGUUUCAAAUCCAAUUUUUAAUGGAAACCAAUCACUCUCAUUUUUAUAAUGUUUAAAUUCAGUUUCUUACUUAUAAUGUUUAAUAAAAUACUUAAUAUUUGUA